CAGAAAUAGAAACUAGAGCGAUUCAAUUCAAACCCUUGGCUAGCUAGAGAAAGGGUUUUCUUCCAGCUGAUUCAUUCUGCGUCUUUUAGAGGUGAGAGAAACAAGAGAGAGAAAGUGAAAAUGGCGGAGCAGUUGACAGAGGAGCAGAUCGCUGAGUUCAAGGAAGCAUUCAGUCUCUUCGACAAGGAUGGAGAUGGUUGUAUCACAUCGAAGGAGUUGGGAACAGUGAUGAGGUCACUUGGACAGAAUCCCACCGAAGCUGAACUGCAGGACAUGAUAAAUGAAGUUGAUGCUGAUCAAAAUGGUACCAUUGACUUUCCUGAAUUCUUGAAUUUGAUGGCUCGUAAGAUGAAGGACACUGACUCCGAGGAGGAACUUAAAGAAGCUUUCAAGGUGUUUGAUAAAGAUCAAAAUGGCUUCAUUUCUGCUGCUGAGCUUCGUCAUGUGAUGGCUAAUCUUGGUGAGAAGCUGACAGACGAGGAGGUGGAUGAGAUGAUACGAGAGGCUGAUGUGGAUGGUGAUGGCCAAGUCAACUACGAGGAGUUUGUCAGAAUGAUGCUUGCUAAAUAAAUAGUUAUAUACUUUGCUUCUAUCUCAAACUUUAUUUGGUAACAGUACAAUCAACCUAUAUGAGAUUUCGAUAUUAUCCAGUUUAAAAUCAUAGUUCUGCAGCUUCGUUUAGGGAUUUGUUGUAUGGUUCUGUUAUCGCCGGCUGAAUGAACUCCGACUCUUUCUAAUCUCGUUUUCCGUGGAUACUUGACAAUGAUUGUGCUUGUUGAUAUUGAUAACCUCUCUGGUUGAUCAAUUUGCAUUUUCAUGUAUAGAAACCUUCAGGAGCUUAUGUUUCAGUAAGAUCAGAGUUUCUUUUAGUGCUUA